CUGACAGCACUCCGAGCGAGCGCAGAAAUGUAACAUUUUCUGCCUCUCCGUUCACAAUUACAAAUCUUAUCAGCGCUCCCGGUCUCGCGAAGCGCCCUCGCUCCUCACGUGUGCGCAGCGGAGGUCUCACGACGAGCGGAACGUUUGUAUCCCGCUUCGCUUUAAUUAUUCGGAAAGUGUUUUAAUACAAGGACAUAUUCUGUGAGAGGAACACACUGCCGUGAACAUGAACUCGACAAGAAAUUACAAACCAAGCAUGGUCAUUCUGACGCUGGCCGUAUUUGUUUGUGUGGUGAUCGCACGAGGGCAAGGUUCUUUUAUGGAUGGGAGGUUAGCAGUCACCCAAAAAGGAGGUCAGCCGGAGGCAGAAGAUGGGUCCAACACAUACCACACUACACAGGACCCCGAGAGAGACCUGCCCCUGUUCACCACUGCUCCCCCUUUUGUUAGCCUCGACCACCAUCCGCCUUAUAAGCCCUUCCUGCCUUACAACCCCCGACACCAAAACCAUGAGCAGUACUUUCAGGACAGCGGAGGGAUGGCUCAUCAUCCCACAAUUCCAUCCGCUACAGCCCAUCACCUCCAAGAUCCAUCCACUCAGCUGGUCCCACACAAGGACACACCUUCAUUCUCUGAUGUAACGACUUCCAGACCCACCACACUGGCACCAUCUUCUGCUGCCCUCACGCAGCCACACAUGUCCAGCGUCCAGUAUGAACCUUCAGCAGAAACACAAAAGAGAAGCUCCAAGGAGCCACCUGUGUUCACGACCACAGGAUCACUGACCACUGAUGCUCAAACAUCCAAUGAAUUACAUUUAGAUGCAGGGGGCAUCACUGUGUCUUCCAACAAUGGGGCCAAACAUGUAACUAAUAAAGAAAAGGCAUCAAAAAUCAAGAUAGAACAUUAUGCUCCAAGAAGUGAUGUCUCUGCAACAGCAUCAUCUGCGGAUUUGGAUGACGAGACUACCACCUCCACCAUCAUCACCACGACGGUUAUUACAACAAUGCAGAUACCAGCUCCGUGCAGCAGCAAUUUCACAGCGCCGGGAGGCUACAUAGAGACACCACAGCCAGCCAAGAGUUGGUACAAUACAAAUGUGGACUGCACGUACACUGUGGCCAUCUACAUGGGCUAUGGGGUGGAAAUUCAGGUGAUGAAUGUAAGCCUGGCUGAAGGUGACGUUGUCAGAUUUGAAGACCUGGGUAGCUGGGAGCCUUAUGUGCUGGCCAACGAGUCUAUCUUGUUGAAGGGUCUGGUGGUACGCAGCUGGAGCAACCAAAUCUCCAUCCAUUACCGCAGCCGGCAGCCGCAGUCCAGCUUCUUGCUUCUGCGUUACCAAGCCUUUGUGUUGAGCUGUAACUUCCCUGAUAGACCAGCAUACGGGGACGUGUCCGUGACGAGCCUUCAUGCUGGGGGAGAGGCCUAUUUCUACUGCUUCAAUGGUUAUAAGCUCCAGGGUCCCUCCACCCUGACGUGCCGCAAUGCUACCACACCCUACUGGAGUGGAAAGGUGCCCCGGUGUCUUGUGGCCUGUGGUGGAAUGGUAAAGAAUGCAACUCUUGGUCGCAUUGUGUCCCCUGGUUUCCCUGGCAACUACAGCAACAAUCUGACCUGCUACUGGGUGCUGGAGGCCCGAGAGGGUCAAUGGCUCCAUGUACAUUUUGAGAAGGUGGCCCUCGCAGAAGAUGAUGACAGGUUUCUGAUCAAAAAUGGUAACCACAUCGACUCACCAAUUCUAUAUGACUCAUAUGAGGUGGAAUACCUGCCAAACGAAGGAAUCGUCAGUUCCUCCAGACAUAUCUUCGUGGAGUUUACAACAGAUAGCUUCGGCACAAACACUGGGGUAGCCAUCAGAUAUGAAGCUUUUGCGGCAGGACAUUGCUACGAGCCGUUUGUCAAGUAUGGCAACUUCACCACCACUGACAGCACCUACACUGUGGGCACGGUUGUGGAGUUCACCUGUGACCCUGGCUACACCUUAGAGCAGGGCUCCGUCAUUAUCGAAUGCAUGGAUCCCAGCAACCCUCAAUGGAAUGAGACUGAGCCCGCCUGCAGAGCUGUAUGCAGUGGAGAGAUCACCGAUUCAGCUGGGGUGGUGUUGUCACCAAACUGGCCUGAAGCCUACGACAAAGGCCAGGACUGCAUCUGGGGGAUCCAUGUUGAAGAAGACAAGAGGAUCAUGCUAGACAUCCAAGUUCUCCACAUGGGCAAGAAUGAUGUGCUGACGUUCUAUGAUGGAGAUGACCUGACUGCAAAGAUACUGGGCCAGUACAGUGGCUCCAGGCCUCAUUUCAAACUCUACACCUCCAUGGCUGAUGUCACUAUCCAGUUCCAAUCAGACCCCGCCACCAACAUCUACGGCUACAACAAUGGCUUUGUGGUACACUUUUUCGAGGUACCUCGUAAUGACACAUGUCCAGAGCUCCCAGAGAUCUCUAAUGGAUGGAAGACCACAUCUCACCCUGACCUGGUGCAUGGCACGGUGGUGACAUAUCAGUGUUACCCAGGCUUCGAGGUGGUGGGCACUGAAAUGCUUAUGUGUCAAUGGGACCUGACCUGGAGUGGAGACCUGCCCAGCUGUGAAAGAGUUCUGUCAUGUGCAGACCCAGGCACAGUAGAGCACAGUCGCAGGGUGAUGUCAGGGCCACGUCUCAUCGUGGGAUCCACUGUGCAGUACAUCUGCAACAAAGGGUACUCAUUGUCGGGUAACAGCCUCCUCUCAUGCUACCACCGUGACUCCACCGGCCCCAAAUGGAGUGAGAAACUACCUAAAUGCAUUCCUGAUAAAUUGGAGCUGUGCAGGAAUCCUGGGACUCCCGCCUAUAGCAUCCAGAGCUCAGAGAAGCAUGUGUAUCAGGCAGGAGAGACUCUGCGCUUCUCCUGUCUGAGUGGGUAUGAGCUCCAGGGUGAACCUGUUCUCAGCUGUAUCCCCGGGCACCCUUCCAAAUGGAGCCAUCCACCCCCACUGUGCAAAGCUGUGACACUGGAGUACAUAGAUGAACGCAGGCUUGAUGUGGCCAGUGCAGACUUCAGUGUGGAGGGAGCCAGUGUGGCUGUUUCCAUUUUCAUCCCAGUGGCAAUAAUCAUGAUUAUCAUCAUGUCAAUAUAUUUCUACUUUUCAAGGGUGCAAGGGAAAUCACUACGCCUGUCCAUGUCCACAUCACCACAAUAUGACCACAUCAGAGGAGAGUCAGCUUUUGAAAACCCCAUUUAUGAGACUGCAGAUACAAGAGAAUACGAAGUCUCCAUUUAAAUACAACAAAGCUAAUUUUAGCAUGGAGGACCGCCUGCCAACCUUUUCAUCCUUUCCCAUCUGCUGUAAAUAUCGCCUUGCUUCUAAGGACUUCCACAAGCGAAAUGUGUGGACAACAUGAUAUUAUUUUUGUAGAGCUUCGAUUGCCAUGGCCUAGCAGAAUUGUUUGUACAGUUUUUACCCUUAAAUGAGCCAAAUUAAAUAAGGAAUAAAACAAAUGACUGAAAAUGGGGAAUUCAUGUCAUUUAGCUGAUUGAUGUCUCUUUAAACAGAUUUAUUUAUUUAUGUUCUUGAUUGUUGCACUCUUGUUACAUUUCAACACCCGAAAAUAAUUUAUGGCCUGAAAGGGCAUCAGUGAUGCAUCAAGAGUAUAAAAAUACAGUUUGUGGCUUAUUCAGAUGAGUUUGCCACAAAUGUAAUGGUAAUCAUAACAUUUGACACCUGAAUUACAUGCAGGGAAAAAUGAACACAAUUAUGUAAAACACAGCAACCAUUAAACAAUAAAACGUAUGCAUGGAUAACGGUUUAUUAUUCAUCUAUUUUUUCCACACAUCAUGAAAAUUAAACGUUUAAUUACAAGAGCUGUAAGUAGCAAUCUUCAAAUAAUAUCUGCCAGUUUUAUGAAAUGUAGUGUUUUGCAUGGGGACUGGUCUGGUACAUGGCUCUCUGUCCAUUAAUGUGAAGUGGGUCCCUUUUUCAUCGCUCUGAAGCCUUUAUAUUAUCCUUGAUUAAAAGUAGACUGUGUGUACAGUAAAAGACUAAGACUGUUGGGAAAUUGGUUUCUACCUGCGCUAAAUUUCACCUUUGGUUGAAUAAGCCAAAGGUUUAAAAUAUACAUGUACAGCAAGUUCAUUUAAAUCAUCCCUCCUUCACUGAUCAAUUAGCUCUGAUUUUAUUUUUGACUUUUUGUUUUAUUUAGUUUAUUUUUGUAUGUUUUUAUAGAACAAAAGAACAAUUGACUGUACUCUUUCAGCAGGCAUUCUUAAUCUAUAAAUAUCUAAGAAUGUACAUAAACUUUUUAUUAGAUAUGGCUUAAAUGUAUGUAUAUAUGAGGUUUAUCUAUUAUAGAAUAGAUCAUCUUUCAUCAUUUGAUACUGUCUGUCAGCAUCAUUGAUAUGGAUCAUAUAAAAGCAAUUAUGUACAUGUUCUCCAUAUGAAUGUUGUCCGUAUUGAAAUCAUUGUCAUUUCAAUGUAAUUACCAGAAUCUGCCAAAAACAUCAUAGUUUGUCAUAUGAUACAUGACAGACUUGCAUCAUGGAUGUACAUUUUGUUUCAGUGUUUCACUGUCUCCAGUUGAGUUUUGGAAACCUAAGAAACAACAUUUAAUGGAUUUAUGACUUAGAAGUCUCACAGAAUUCAGAGCAGAAUUAAUUAUUUCCUUGACAGUCCUCAAACUGAAAUAUUCAUGAUUCAAGAUUAUAUACUGUAUAUAUUUUUUGCUUUAUUGUACUGUAAUUAUUUACCACAUUGUCUGUGCAUAUCUUCAAUUAA